CAUCACAUGCAGCAACUGUCCGGGAAAGCCGCCACACCGGUGCUCCUCGCCAGGGAGGAGUCCCGCUCCAAGGGGCUCCUCAAUAGUUUAUUCCACCUCUGGAACGUCUACAGAACGUGUUACCCGGCCAGACCUACUCUCGUUGGGUACGCCACGGUGCCGUACAGCAGCGCUCCCAUGCGAUGCGUAGAUGCAGAGCCGAAUGCGCUAAAGAAGGUAACCCUGAACACUAUUCCUGUUUUGUGGGAUAAUCGCUGACACUCAGUGAGGACCAGGUCCUAUGGCGAGACCAAUUUGUCCCUUCUCCUUUUCUGAAGCCCAGCGACACGCUCCAAGGAGUCAUUCAUUCAUACGCGGAGGUGCCAGCGAUGGGUUCA